AUGGAUAUUCCAUCAAGUAGAAGUUUUCGGAAACUUCAGGCUGCAAUAUUAGCUAAAUGGAAUAGUACUGAAGCAUCUGUGCAGAAAAAUGUUUCAUCUACUGAUAAUGAAGGCUUCAAGGGUCAUGGUGCUGGAUGGCAGACAAUGGACUUGAACCCUCUUGUAAUUGAGAAGUCUGAGAUGGCUCGUACCAAGCAAACUGCUCGUAAAUCUACAGGAGGAAAGGCUUCAGGGAAGCAACUUGCUACUAAGGUCCCCAAGACAUUACCAUAUGAGGUUCUAACGAAAACGAGUGCACCUCCAAAGAGUGAUGUACCUAUCGUCACACCUAGUAAUUUGCCCGAGGCUGAUGGCUUUGUAUUUGGCUUUCCCACAAGCACUGGAUCUCAAGGAGGUGGACAAGAAACUAUUGCAUAA